AAGUAGAUGUCCUGACUGAUUUGCCAAAACUAUAGUUAACAAUACAUUUGUGGAGUGGUUGAAAAAUGAGUUUUAAUGACUCAAGCUAAGUGUAAGUAAACUUCUGACUUCAACUGUAUAUUCACUUUUAUUACUCUAAAUACACGUGGAACUGCAUGAAAAUCAUGCAUGUCACACAUUGGCCCCAUUUAUUAAUUGAAAGACCCAGAACUGUUAUUUUUACAUGUGGUGCAUGCAGAAUUGAGAAGUCAUUUUUUAGUCCAGAAAUAUACUUUCUGGGCCCGGAAGCCAGCUUGUGAUGCAUGUUUUUGUGGAUAAACAGAAAAUAUAUAUAUAUAUUUUUAUUAUCAAAUACGUUUGCAGCAUCAUUGUUUCCCCUUUCGACAGUGUACACAUUGGCUGACAUUAGUGACGUAACAGGAGGAAUGGGAACCUAAAGGCAGUCUAAUAGCCGUUUGGGGGAACGGGAGUGACUCACACACAACUUAAAAGUACACGUAGAAAUACAUUUUUAAAAAUAAAGUAAAUGGUUAUUGGAUGAACUCGGUGGGACAAACAGCCAUUGCUUCAAACGUUCAGUUACAAUUCACCUUAACCAGUCCACAUUUUGUCAUCGCCACGUUCAGCAGGAGAGACAACGUUCUUACGUUCAUAUAGAAAUGUAUGAUAUAGAACCAAUAUACUUCUCUGGUAUGUAGAGUAAGUAAUCACAUCAGCUAAUUGAAUAUCUAUCCGCAACGUUCCACAACGCUGAGGUAUCAGCUACUUAACCUAACGAUCCGGAACACACCCCUUUACGAAAGUAGCACAGGCUGCCUACGAGGCAACGAACUGUUAACCGCUGCGUUGGUUUCCAAACGUGCCUGCAGCAGCCGAGACACAACAUCUGACCUAUGUCGUCGCCAGAGAUCGCUUCCCUGUCCUGGGGACACAUGAAGGUGAAGGGCUGCUCCUCUUCCUAUAAGGACUGUAAGGUGUGGCCCGGGGGUAGCCGCGCAUGGGACUGGAGAGAGACUGGGACGGAUCAUCACCCUGGAGUGCAGCCUGCAGAUCUGGAGGAGGUGCUUCAGAAGGGUGUGGCGACUCUGGUCAUCGGGCGGGGCAUGAAUGAGGCGCUGCAGGUCCCGUCCUCAACUGUGGACUUCGUGAGACAGAGAGGAGUGGAGCUGAUAGUUCUGCAGACAGAGAAGGCCAUCACAGAAUACAACAACCUGGUUGGCCAGGGAGCCAAGGUGGGUGGCAUCUUCCACUCUACCUGCUGAUGACAUCAUACUACAGGUGGCCAGUAGGAGAACUCUGAAAGCCUGGUGCGAUUCAACAUGUCAUAUUCAUUACAGCACAUCAUAGCAAAAUGUUUUGCAAUGGACAAGUCCAUGUAGUCCCUCCCUGUUUGGUGCCUGAUGAACACAAACCUGGGGUGCAUUAGCGAAGUGAAACAUUCAGAACACCGUAAUGAAGAGCUAAAAUGACUUGCUGUGAAUAAAGGCUUGUUUUUGUCA